AUGGCCGAAGAAGCGCAAGUUAAGGUCCGGUUCUUCACUAGAGAACAGGAUGAAAGUCUAAGGGUAGAGGACGCAACUCUUUUUGCUCCAGUAACGCUUAAAAGAUAUGGGCUUUCGGAAAUUGUGAACCAUUUGCUGAGUCUGGAAGGUUCAGUGCCGUUCGACUUUCUAAUUGAUGGUGAGCUGCUGCGCACUUCCUUGGAAGCAUACUUGAACAAAAAGGGUCUUUCGUCCGAGACUCAGCUGAAUGUGGAAUACACCCGAGCAGUGCUUCCUCCAUCGUAUCUGAAAAGUUUUGACAACGACGACUGGGUCAGUGCUCUAGACGUUGGUAGCUCCAGGAUCAUUAGCGGCUCCUACGAUGGUAUAGUCCGUACUUGGAACCUUUCAGGCAAAAUCGAGAAACAGUACGCAGGCCACUCCGGUGCUGUCCGUGCGGUAAGAUACAUAUCUGGCACCAGACUUGUCUCGGGCGCUAACGAUCGUACUCUGCGUUUGUGGAAAACCAAAAAUGAUGACCUCAAGAAUAAUCUAGAUGUGGAAGAAGAUGACGUCGAGGAAGGUAAGACUUUGGCUAUCUUAGAGGCUCACAAGGCCCCCGUCGUAACGCUAGAUGUGAACGCCGACCGCAUUCUAUCUGGUUCUUAUGAUCACUCUAUCGCGUUCUGGUCAACAAAUCACAAGGAAAUGAUGGCCGUGGACCCCAUGGAUUCCUUAGGUUCCAAUGUUUCCUCUGCUGCCAAAAAGAGAAGAAAGUUAGCUCUCAAAGACGGUUCCGUGAGAAGGCGUUCUCCAUUGGCGCUUUUAGAAUCUCAUACCGCCCCAGUAGAGUCGGUUUGUUUCGAUUUCAGUGACAAAACAGUUGGUUACUCGGUGUCUCAAGACCACACAAUCAAGACCUGGGAUUUGGUAACUGCUCGCUGCGUUGAUACAAAAUCUACUUCUUACUCACUUCUGUCAAUGGUUCAACUACCGCAAUUGAAUUUGUUAGCAUGUGGGUCCAGUGCCAGACACAUCACUUUGCAUGACCCUCGUGUUGGAACCUCUACUAAGAUUACACAACAACAGUUGAACGGCCAUAAGAACUUUGUGGUGGCUUUAGACACCUGUCCCGAAAAUGAAUACAUGCUAUGCUCCGCUUCUCACGAUGGAACUGUGAAAGUGUGGGAUGUGAGAUCAAAUACAGCGAUGUAUACUAUUACGAGAGAGGCCGAAGUUACUAAGGGUAUCAAUGAUAAAGUCUUCGACGUCAAGUGGUCUAAAGGUUUAGGCAUCAUCAGUGGUGGUCAAGACAAGAAAAUUCAAAUCAACAAAGGAGACGACAUUUUCAAGAAAUGA